AUGAAGCCCAAUGUCUGGAAUAUAAAGGAGAUGUUGAAUAUCCCUGCAACGUCUGGAGGGAUAAAAACUGGUAAGGGUCCUGGAACCAGUGACUACUCCAGCCUGAGUGACUCCCAGUUUCUCUUGGGCUCUCAAAUGUGGCCUGACAAUUCACAAGGGUUUACUCAGGAGAUGAGUGGACAGAGCAAAGGUUCUCAGCAUACCUCACAGGAAAUGAAGGAAAUUAUGAUGUCCAGCAGCUAUAGCUCUAAGCCGCUGUUGUUUGGUGGUGAUGGCAAAAUCUCAAACUUCACCAGUAGCAAAUAUGUUGGCAUGUUAGACAAAUUUGAGGAGGAGAAGAGAAAAGCCAAAGAAAAAUAUGAAAGGGAAAUUCUCACUCAUGGAAUUCUACAACUGCAGGAAUCUCUGGAAAAUACCAGAGAGACUUUGUUAAAUCGUAUUGAUGGAAGUAACGACAUAACCAAAGUUGUAAUGGAAAAAUUGGACACUUUUUCAAAAACAAUUGAAUGUUAUUUAAACAGUGUGAAAGAAGGUAUAACAUAUCAGUUUGAGACUCUGCAGAGCCGAACACAAAUAGAUAUGGGAGACAGGGAUGCCAAGUGCAGUCUGGCUGCAGAAGAGUUAAGCUCAGGCAUGCUUAACCUCCAACAGGAUCUGGAACAUCUGAAAGCAGAGCAGAGCAAAGAGCAGGGCAUGCUGGGAAAAAUUCUGUCUCAGCUUAGCAAUUUGAUUUCUAUUCACAAGCCGAUGACAGGACCUGGCUCUGCUAGAAUGAUUGACAGUGAGGUUCAGACAUCACCCAGUUUAUUACAGAGGUUCUGUGUCAUAUUAGCUGAAAAAGAACACGAGAGCAAGAUGAUACGCAACAGGCCUGUCAUUUAUUCAGGAAAAGCAACAGAGCAGAACCAGUGUCCGCUUACAACACAGAAGACACGAAACAGAAAUGCACAUGCUCUGCCUGAAGAAAGACAGCAGACAGUAGUCACAGAGGAGGUUUCCUUGAAUGCUUUGCAGAGUUUAUGGGGCACACAAUUAGUCGAGAACAUAGAGGACCAUGGAGGACAGUAUGUAGACCAGAAGCCUCAAAAACCACUGCAAUUGAGAGAGAGCCGAUUUGUCACUGAUGCGAUGCCACCACUAAAAAUACCUAAGAGGCGCCAAAAACCACUGAAUUAUAGGGGGAAAAAGAGAGCCCUGGUUCUGCCCCAAAGACAGUCGGUAAAAAAAAAAGAAGCAAGUUUUUCAAAGGGCAGCCAGCAGAAUGAAGACCUUCAAUUUGAUCAAAAAGACAGAGAACCUUUGGCUUCCCUUUGUGGCAACUGGAACAUGACCAAGUCUGUUGGAGGGGAUCACCUAAAACUACAGCAGCAGGCGACUGUAGCACCAGUCAGUACGUGUGUAGCUGAACAACCACUAAACCCUUUCAGUUUGUGGUCUGAGGACACAGACAGCUCCCAACUGAUGGUGGAAAAUGGGGUUUUUGAACCAAAAGCUAGUGUCAUAGAAGGAGAAGACGGCCUCUGGCAGCUUUUUGACUUCACUAAUGACUCAGAAUAAGAUGC